AUGUUAUUUCAGUGGGAACCACCGGAGACGGUACAUGCUCCUGUCAAUCAUCCUCCAUUUAUUGGUGCUGUUGUUACACGUUCAAAAAUGAAACAGAUAAAACAACAACAAAAUGAAAAUGACAAAAUGACACCACCCACUGUAAAUGAUAUAUCAUCGUCAUCAAGUAAACACAAAAUUGAACAUUCAAAUCAAUCUCCAUCACACUUAAUUACGUCUAACAAUUUUGAUAUAACUCAAAUUAAACUUGAACAGUCAAAAGAUUCAAAUAUUCAGAAGAAGAUUAAAGAAGUUAUGCAAGAUCUAACAAAACAUCUUUAUGAAGUUACAGACGGUUUAUUAUAUAAAUUGGUAUCAAUGAAUGUUGCUAAUAAUAAUACGAAGAAAUGGUCAUUUUGGCAUUCAGUGAACAGAUUUAAAAAAUUAAAAAAUAAAUUCUGGUGGCCAAAUAUGAAACAAUCAAUUAUUCAACAUAUUCAAUCUUGUUUACCUUGUCAACAACAUAAUAAUAGUCGUACAAAAAAACUAGGUCGACUUAAUCCAAUUCCAACUACAGAGGGACCAUUUCAAUUAAUAGGUAUUGAUUAUUGUGGUCCGUUCAAACCAACACCUCAUGGUACUCAUUUUAAAAAUCAACUUAUUGAAUCCAUAGCAGAAUUAAUUGGUUACAAUCAUAUUUUUUCAAGUAUUUAUCACCCACAAAGUAAUGAGAUGAUUGAACGUUUUAAUGCGACAUUCGUUCCUCAAAUUGUUAAACUUCAAGCUCUAGAAAAUAACAAUUGUGAUGAAUUCUUAUCACCAGUGAUAUUUGCUGACAACAUUGGCAUUCAUGCAACGACUAAUUAUUCACCAUUUCAACUACAGUUCGGUCGAAAACCACGUUUACCUACUAAUGAACCUUCAUCAUCAUUUACUUUCAAUAAACCAAAUGAUUAUUAUGUACAACUGAAAAAAAAUCUGUUGAUAAUACAACAACACGUACGUGAUAAUAUUAU